GCGACCAUCUUGAUUAGGUGUAAUCGUUAUUUGCACCGUGUGGCGCUGGAAUAAAAUAAACGGGAAAUAUGUAUAAUCGAGAACGAGCUACAUUUACAAUGUCUAUAUGUAACGAGCACAAUCGGAGCUUUCUCAUUUUUAUUGGCGAAAGACAACGAAAAUAAGCAUCGUACUGUCUUGAAUACACGAGCGGUGAAAUCUGAAUCAUCAAAGCUUUCUUUUGUGAGGAGAGGGGAUGGAGAAUUUCGGAGAAAAGGAGACUAAUAAGGAUGAUGGAAGGCAAGGCGUUCGACGUGGACAUCGUGGCUGGUCGCAAAGUAAUUCGGGACUCAGGCGACCACAUUGUGCAUCAGUUGCUCAUAAUCAGCCUGGUACAGGACCUACCUCACCAAUAACUAUGGACCAUAAUCUGGAAGAAAAGAAAUAUUCCUUGUCACCACAAGCGGCUGAGUUUGUUCCAAGAUCCAUUUUACAGUCUCCUUUAUCAGAAUCUAAUUCAUCUAUUCCUCAAUCUAUUCAUCAAUAUUCAAAGCCUUCGAUACAAGAUAGAAUCAGAAUCGCUCGUGAGACACCACCGAAUGUAUCAGUUUCAGCAGAGAACAAUACUCUUGAAACUACUUUGCAACAACAGUGUAACAUACAAGAUCCACAAAUGGGAAAUAAUAGAUAUAAAGAUAGUCGAUGCAAUUUGAACAAGAAAAAGGAAGAAGAACACAAUGAAGAGGAAGAAGCUUACAACUUUGAAAUUUGUCAACAUCUCAAUGACAUUAUCAAUAUUGUAGUUGUAAAUCCUGCAAAGUUCAAUGACUUAAUUCCACCAUUUGUCAACAAGCUUAGAUGGGACAGAAACAUGCGCUGUUUACAAGCGGUUAUGCCAAUUAUAAUCAAAUCGUCCAUAGCCGAAAGCAAUUUUCGAUAUAAUGGAGCCCGGUUCUGUAAAUAUCUCGAUAAUACUUUAGAAGACUGCAAAGAACUAUUUAUGUUCUCCAAAGAGUUAUUCAGAGAUUUAUUAUUUUUCCAAUGUAAAUUGGAAACCCGGAUCGAAGAACACGAUUGGCAAAGGCGAAGCGAAGAGGAACGCGAUCAAAAAAAGUGCAAUGGAUUGAUAUUGUUUUUAGCAGAGUUGGUUGCCCAGAUGGAUGAAUCUUUUGCUUUUAUUUUAGGAGAAAUUUUAGUAUGGUUUAUUACUAUGGUAUUGCAGAGACCAGCAUCAACCUCUGUCAAAUACAUCUGCCAAGCGCUUAAAUUGGCAGGUCAUGUAUUGGAAAAGGAUAAGAGUAGGAGUAAAGAUAUGGAAAAUAUGAUGCGAGCCCUAACAGAACUGGUUAAUAAUGGGCAAGUUGAUACACAUGUGGGAAAUAUGGUAAACAGCGUUCACGAAUUACGGAAAGAUUGGGGAAGAAAAGUGUCUAAUUGUGAUUUAUCUGGAACAAGCAAUGCAUUGUCAAAUAAAGUACAGCAACAACCGGAUCAAUUAGGUGCAUCUAAUUAUAAUUCGUUUGGAAUUAACACUGUGCCAUUAAAAGAAGGACAGCUGGACACACCAGUAAUGUAUGGCCCUGACGGCGAAGUUCUAUCUGCGGAGGAAAGUCAAUUUCUCCAAGAUAACAUCAAAUUGGAUUUUGACGAUCAACGAUUAUCCGAAGAAGAAUUUGAGGAUGAUAAUUAUGACGACGAAAUUGCGGCCGCUUACGAAGAAUUUUUGAGAGACAAACCAAAGUAAAGUGCACGAUAAAAUGG